GAGUUCAAGAUCAAAAGACGUUUAGACACUGGACAGUGACCGUUUUUUAUCAUUUCAUCACUGGACUUCAGAAAUUAGCAAGCGCUUUGGACUGUUUUACCAACCUGAACCCGUUCAACCAGAACUCUCCAACAAAUGACACCAAGAAGAGCCUCAGCUCCAGAGGCUGUGGACGAACUUCAGACCAGGAGAAUGAUGGCGUUGAAAGGAAUACUUUCCCAGAAGAUCCCUGGGCCGUUUUUCAAACCUCCCCCCCUGUUCAUCCAUGUUCUUUGCAGUAAAGAAGACAAACGUGUCAUUAGUUGGGAUUUUAUUGACGGCUCUGCAACCCCUUGUUGCACAAAAAUAAACAAAUGUAUUGCUGUUACAGAUGGCCAAUUUGUGACCAAAGUUACCCUUUUUGAAGAGCUGGCCCAUAAGGUAGUUGACAACAGAAAUUAUUACCUUAAAGGAUAUGAGCUCAGGGGAACAUCACCUCCCUACACCUUAUGGGUAACACGAGAAACAAAGUUUUAUCGUACGUCCCCUGUCCACGUGACACCUGAUUUGUUUGCAGAGGGCGAAAAGCUUUUAAAUCCUGAGUCAAGGGCCAUCCCUCUGGGAAUCACUGGAGAGGUCCAGGGUUUCCUAACCAUUGAAGGGCGAGUCGUUUUGAUGUCAGAAGUCAAGAAAAUAAGCAUAAGAAGAGGGGAUGUACCAAUGAGGAGAGUACAGAUUGAGGAGAAAGAUACACAGGUCACAGUAACUCUCUGGAGGGAGGCUACCAUGGAGAAAAUUGAACUCGGGAAACGUAUAAAGAUAACACACCUGAAACUGUCCAGUAGGCCCUAUAGGGACCAGCUUCAGAGUACUAGGUAUUCAACAUUGGAGGUCUGUCCCGUUCCCUCUGUUCUCCCUGCUGGGAGGAGCUAAAAUGCAUAUAGAGUAGUCGAGUGGAAGAACUGUGUGUGUUCAACAUGGUAAAUGAGAUAAGGGAACAGUGUUUCACUAUAUGGUUGUCAGAUUAUCUUGUGCCUUGGUGUCUCGCUGUCUGGCCAUUUUGUUUCUCAGGUAUGCCUGUUGUGUUUUUGUUCUCCAGUUUGAGAACUCAUAUUGUUUAUGUUCCUGUAGUGUUUCCAGAUUUUGCCUGUUUGCUCACUGAUUGAAGUGCUUUAUCUAAGCUUUUUAAAAUAAAUCUCAUCUUAUGGA